AUGACGAGCCUUGCCCUUGUGUACGUCAUCAUCCUGUGGGAGCUGUCCCUGACGCCGCUGACCACUGUCCGAGGGCUGGACAUCCAGGCUGAGGGUGCCAGCUUCCCUGACGCCGCCUACCAGAAGUGGACCGCCGCCUACAGCGCCACCCGCAUGGCCAAGAAGCAGGUCAAGAUCACGUACAAGACCACCGGAAGUGGAGGCGCUGUGGCCGCCAUCACGACACGACCCGACCAGGUGGAUUUUGUCGGAUCAGACAAUGUCCUGUCUGACGCGGAUAAAAAAAAGUUCCCGGAUCUGGUCAUUUUUCCUCUAAUCGCGGGCGGCCUUGUGAUUGGUUACAACCUCCCCACCUGCUCUAAGGACAAAGGUCAAAGGCUAAACCUCACGCGCGAACACGUGGUGGGGAUCUACAACGGUACCUUUACGACCUGGUCUCACCCUUCUCUUCAGAAAGUGAACCCCAACUGCAGUCUGCCCAACGCCACCAUCGCCGUCAUCGCCAGACAGGAGACUUCUGGCUCCACUAAGGUCUUCACUUCUGCCCUCUCUGCCUUUGACGACAAGUGGGCACACACUAAGGGCAUUUUCUCGGAGGGAUUCCUCGCUGGAACGGACACGCAGGUCAAGUGGGGCGAAGGUGUCAUCCGGUACUUCGGGAAAACGAACCGUGACGUAGCCGGCUUAAUCCGGUCCAUCCGGUACACUGCCGGCUACCUGUCGUACGGUGACGCCAUGUCUGAAGUCGUGGACUACGCGGCCAUAGGAAAUCGUAACGGUCAGCUCCUGGUGCCAGACCAGAUGACCAUACAGGAGUCGAUGAAUGCGAAGGUGAACGAUUCGUCCUUAACCCCUGACCUUGUGGAUGCUGACCUACCCCGAGCCUACCCUAUUGUGACAUAUUCUUACAUAAUCUUGUACAGGACUGAGAUGAGGAAGUGUGAUGUUGCCAUGGAGAUCCUUAGGUAUUUGACUUGGUGCAUGAAAGACGAGGCCCUACAAGAGGCGAUGUCCCUUGGGUUUGUUGCUCUCAGCGCCACUAUCGCCACUCGUGUGACUGACGAGGUCCUGGAGACGGUGACCUGCAAGGGUGAAAAGGUCAUGGACAUGGUCCGGGCUGAGAUGGCGCAGGACGACGCCGUGGUACAGGUGUGGGUGAUACCUGUCGCUAUCUCAGUUCCCCUCUUCCUACUUGUAGUUGGCGCCCUAUUCGGCUACAUCAUGUACCAGCGUCUCAAGCUUAGGUCUAUGAUCAACAUGGACGACUGGAGCAUCGCUAUAGAGGAUAUUGUGUUCUUCUAUGAUGAUAAGGUCAGUGUCGGCAAGUCCAGAUUUCUCCGACAGAAGUCUGUGAGGUCCUUGAAAUCUGUCGGGGACAUUUCUGAAGGUCCGGAGCUGUUGUCGCAGAUCUUGCAGUGGCCGGGGAAAUGGAAGUCCAACACGAUCGGCAUUAGGAUGUUGGAAGUUGUGGAGCUGAGGUCGAUAAACCGUGAGAUGAAGAAGACGAUGAUAUGGAUGAGAGACUCCAUCAUCAACACCAACGUCGUCAGGUUCUUCGGUCUGACGGAGUUGGAGGAGGACAGGUACAUCGUGGGGGACUUUUGUGCCAAGGGGACCAUCUUGGAUGUCCUACAGAACGGCAAGUUCAACUUGACCACAGACUUCAAGGUCUCGCUGGCCGUAGAGAUCGCUGCUGGCAUGGCAUUUCUGCACGUCAAUGGUCUGGUACACGGCAUGCUGACGUCAUACUGCUGCAUGCUGGACAAUAAGUGGACAGUCAAGAUAGGCGACUGGGAGUUCCUGAAACUUCUGUCUGUGGAGAACCCGAGGAGAAACCCCCUGCUUGUGAUGAGGGCCAAAGGUUGUCUGUACGGUGACCAGUUCGAGGCGGUCUUCAAAGAUUUCUGGACCGCUCCUGAGAUCCUGAGAUCCGAAUUCUCCGAGUGGCCGAACCAGGCCAGUGACGUGUACAGCUACGCCAUCAUCCUCCAGGAGAUCUUCACCCGAGAUGACCCGUACUUCGAGCUGGCUGACCACAUGACAGCAGAGCAGAUCAUCCACGCCAUUGUCUACAACAGACUACGCCCCGAGCCCAGUCCUGAAGCACCGGUCACUAUCAGGCAGGUGAUGGAACUGGCGUGGUCAGACACACCUGCAGCCAGACCUACAUUUGAGCAGAUCACGAAGAUGCUGAGACGGAACAGGACGGGCAGGAAGACUAUCAUGGACAACAUGAUGGAGGCCAUGGAGGACUACACGGCUCAUCUAGAGGAGGAGAUGGAGGCCAAGGAAAAUGCUCUGCAGUCAGUCAAGUCCGACCUGGACAACCUAAUAUCAGAGUUGGUUCCGUCCGAUUACAGCAGGGCUAUAAGCGCCGGAGAGAAGAUGGAAUCAACCAUUUACCCAGCUCUAGGGGUGAUCAUGUUGGAUGUAUCCCAUACCGGCACGACGAUGGAGAUGGCGGCAGUACAAAAUAUGUUCAAGUUUCUGGGGAGGGUCUCGUCACAGCUUAAACAGAUCACGAAAAAGUACCACGCCUACAGCCCCUACAACCAACUCCAGCAAACCCAGACCUUCGUUCUAGGCCUGGACAAACAGGAAGUGACAUUAAAUGACAGAUGUCAGGCAGUGGCUUACAUGGCAUUGGACAUCAUGAGGAUUCUGCAGCUAUCGAGCUUUGAGACUCAGGAUAAGACAUCAGGUAGCCUUGACCUUCAGGUGAGGUCAUUUCCGUUCCGUAUUGGUGCGCAUGUUGGCACCGUGGCUACCGGCAACAUAGGUGUGACGUCCCCGCAGUUUGUGCUGCUGGGUGACGGCAUAGACGUCAGCCACGCCCUCCUGGCCAGCGCUGACGUCAACAGUGUCAGGAUCUCCAGGGGCGUGUACAGCCAGCUGGAGAAGAACCCGGAUUUUGAGCUCUCUAAGGCGGAGCCAGAGUGGGUCAUCUGUAAUAUGGAAACAUGGCUGACAAAGUGA